CACAAACAUCACCUGCACCAAUCACAACUGAGCCCCUUUGACCUCUCUCACUUUCAUUCUCUCUCUCCCUGUUCUUCUGGUUCCAUAGAUCGCUGUCUUUCAAUCACUACAAACUGCUUACACAUUUCUGUUCACUCCUUCCUUCUACUCCUUUACACUGCACUGCUCCUUUCACCCCACCACUUUUACUUCAAAUUGUUCUUAUAGUUGAUGGCUUUUUGCUUUUAUCAAUUCCCCACUUCACUCAUCUUUGUUCUGUCAAGAUACUAGUAGCACCUUUCAAUUUUUUCACGUUCAGGGGUUGGCUGAAACCUCUGCAUAUUUUGUAAAUUUUGGUGUUUUUUAUCUUUUCUAUUACCCUUUUGUUUGAUGCGUUACUAAUUAUUAUUUCUUCUCCUCCUAGAUCUUAAUAGUUUAUAAAGAUUCAUACUUUGCAUAUCAUAUGUUAAAUUUUGGAAUUUUCCUUGGGUUUUGGAAAGGAACCCUUAUCUAGAUUCCAGAGUUUUGUGGAUACCUGAAAUGGGUAGCAGAUUCCUUCCAAGUGUUUGAUUAUAUGCUUCUUUGGGCAUAAGAAGCUCCACUCCUCUGCAUUUCUUCUGUGUCUUGUCUCUCUCUCUCUCUUUCGUUGAACUUAUCUUUGACAGAGAGAGGGGGAGAGAGUUAAUUUUGUAAUAUUUGUUCACAUGCUUGGUGUGUUUUGAAUUCUUAUCAAGAACAAUGAAUAGGGGAGUUGAAGUUCUCUCUCCAGCCUCCUAUCUCCACAAUUCCAAUUGGUUGUUCCAGGAAAGUAAAGGAGCCAAAUGGACUCCACAAGAGAACAAGCUGUUUGAGAAUGCUUUGGCUUAUUUCGAUAAGGACACCCCGGAUCGAUGGUUGAGGGUGGCAUCGAUGAUUCCAGGGAAAACUGUGGGUGAUGUGAUCAAACAGUACAAGGAACUUGAAGAGGAUGUGUGUGUCAUUGAAGCAGGUUUGGUCCCAGUUCCUGGGUAUGGUGCUGAUUCUUUCACAUUGGAGUGGGCUAACAAUCAUCAGGGCUAUGAUAUUGAUGAUGGGUUCAAGCAAUUUUAUAGUGUUGGUGGGAAAAGGGGUGCAUCAUGUACUCGGCCAUCUGAACAGGAAAGGAAAAAAGGAGUGCCAUGGACUGAAGAGGAACACAGGCUAUUUCUGCUGGGUCUGAAGAAGUAUGGUAAAGGGGAUUGGAGAAACAUCUCUAGGAAUUUUGUGACCACAAGAACACCCACUCAGGUUGCGAGUCAUGCUCAGAAGUAUUUCAUCAGGCAGCUUACAGGAGGAAAGGAUAAGAGAAGAUCCAGUAUCCAUGAUAUCACAGUGGUCAAUCUCCCCGAAACAAAAUCCCCUCCGUCUUCUCCAGAUCUCUCAGUGAAGUUUUCAAAUCCACAGCAGAAUCAGAAUCCGUCUACCAUGGUUAAACAGGAAUAUGACUGGAAUUUACCAGACGAGGGCACGCCGAUCGUUUUCCAUUCAGCAAAGGGAAACAUGUUCAUGACACCAUCGCGCGACAUUUCAUCACAUGAAUCUAAACCACAGGAGCACGAUUUACUCAGAGGCACUCUCCAGGGGUGCCAGUUUAUACCUUACGAUACUGUUUUGCAAAUGCCAUGGAUGCAACAUCAAUGAAACUACAUAGGUGAUGAUGCAAGGUUUAGAGUUUUGAAGGUACUAAAAUUUUAGACCUUUUUCAGUGAUGCUGGGUUGCUUUAUAGAUGAAUUAUGUGAAUAUGUUAGGAGGGCUUCAGUUAGAAUUUAUGAAGAUACUAGUUCAUCUCUUUUUGUUAUGUCAAAAUUAUUGGACUAGUCUGUUAAAUAGAAGCUGAUUUGGGGCAUGUGUAAUAUGAUUUUCUGAUUACAUGUUUGAUAAUCUGAUUGUAAUUAGAUUGCAGAUUUGUAAGCAUGCAUCUGAUGUGCAUCUUCCUCGAUAUAAGCUGGAGUGAGAGAAUUGUCUCUCAACUUUUGCAGUUGCAAGUUCACUUGUGGAAUUUAAUAAAAUAAAGGCAUCAAUUGUUUUGAUGUACCAA